AAGGGAUUUAGGUGCUCGGCUUGGGCGGCCUCAGUCUUGGGUGUCAGGCAGCCCUGGAGCUCGGAAUGAGAAAGCGGAACGAGUCAGUUGCCUUGGAGCAUGAGCGCUUCGCUGCCUCUGCCUCCUCCUCAUCUUCCUCCUCUCCCUCUUCCCCUGCCACCGCUGCAGCGCUGGACAAGGAUUGUCGCCUGAAGAAGAACCUGCGUCUGGCGGGCAAGGGGACAAAGGAGUUGGGCUCCUCCUCCAACGCGGGCAUGAAGCGGGCGUUCGGCAGAAGAAAGGGAUUGUGGUUUCGCUUGCGGAAGUUAUUUCUAUGGUCACUGGCCUUGUACGCUGCCAUUCCCUUCCUUGUAAAACUCUGUCCUGGGAUACAGGCUAAGCUGAUUUUCUUGAAUUUUGUGAGGGUUCCCUACUUUAUUGACUUGAAAAAGCCACAGGAACAAGGCUUAAAUCACACCUAUAAUUACUACCUCCAGCCAGAAGAAGGGGUAACUAUUGGAGUCUGGCACACAGUACCUACAGUCUUAUGGAAGAAUGCUCAAGGAAAGGACCAAGCAUGGUAUGAAGAUACCUUGGCUUCCAACCAUCCUAUCAUUCUUUAUUUGCAUGGAAAUGCAGGCACUAGAGGAGGAGAUCAUCGAGUGGCACUAUACAAGGUUCUGAGUUCUCUUGGUUACCAUGUAGUCACCUUUGAUUACAGAGGCUGGGGCGAUUCAAUAGGAACACCAACAGAAGGGGGAAUGACUUAUGAUGCUCUACAUGUUUUCGACUGGAUAAAAGCAAGAAGUGGUUACAAUCCUGUGUAUAUUUGGGGCCAUUCACUGGGCACUGGAGUUGCAACCAAUUUAGUAAGGCGCUUAUGUGAACGAGAAACUCCUCCAGAUGCUCUCAUAUUGGAAUCUCCAUUCACAAACAUACGUGAAGAAGCAAAAAGCCAUCCAUUUUCUGUGGUAUAUCGAUACUUUCCUGGAUUUGACUGGUUCUUCCUUGAUCCCAUCACAAGCAGUGGAAUUAGAUUCGCAAAUGAUGAAAAUGUGAAAUACAUAUCGUGCUCCUUGCUUAUUCUUCAUGCUGAAGAUGACCCCAUUGUGCCAUUCCACCUAGGAAGAAAGCUCUAUAACAUCGCAGCGCCAUCUCAGAGCUUCCGGGACUUCAAAGUCCAGUUUGUUCCAUUUCACAGGGAUCUCGGCUACCGGCACAAGUACAUAUACAAGAGCCCUGAACUACCUCGAAUACUGAGGGAAUUCCUGGGAAAAUCAGAACAUGAGCAUCAUCGUGAGCUCCGUCACUGAGGCCGGGCUGUGUGAACGCAUGAAGAUCUCUUCCCCCUCCCCGUCCUUUUCUUUUCCGUUGGAUCAGUCCGCAGUCCUGGAAGCUGGCGGCGGAGUGUCACGCUCUGCCUCUGCGUCGCUCAGGACCCCCAGCUUGUCAUCGAGCUUGCCCCGGAGAGGCCUCAAAGUGAUGUUAGCCGGUGUGCGUAGCCCCGGAGGAGUGGGAGGAAGCCUCCCCGGAGCCCUCCCUCAACACCCCACCGAGCGGCUGAAGCCAGGGACCUGGCCGGAGCUUCGCCUCCCUCCCCUCCGCCGAGCUGUCUGCUGAGCCUCCGCCGGCCUGGCGGACCCGCCGUCACUUUGUCCGUCCUCCGUCCUACUUCUGUCUUGCUUUUUGGUGGGUUUUUACGACGGAGACUUUGCUCUCUCCUCACUUCCUCUAGAAGCUCAACUGUUACUCCAGAAGGUGAAAGGGCUUUGGGGCGUCCGGAACAAGGACUUCCACCUCUAACUGAAGGGAGUGGUCGGGGUGGGGGGAGACUCAGAAAUGAAGGAUUUCUUUGGGGUUCUUUCUAUCCCCCCCUCGUACACCCAUAAUGAACUUUGGAUGGUUUAUGAUGACUUCUCGCCCUAGCCAUACUUGCACUCCACGGCCGCCACUCUCUUGGUGGUACCUUUGCUAAUUCACAAUUGUUGUUAUGGUGAUGAUUAUUUGUAUUUCUCUCAAUUUACUUCUCCCUUAUUUCUCUCUCCCAUUCUUUUAACUAACCUGGGUCCAGACUGAGCAUUUAUUUAAAAAAUAAAAUAGUGGUGGUCAUCCGUCUUCUUUUUCCUCUGCAAACCAGGAAAAAUCCACACUUAGCACUUUGAGGCGAGGCAGAAAAGUUUGUGCCUCGUACAGUGUCCAGGAGCCCACCGUGCCCUGGGCCUGAGCUACAAGUGAGCCUCCCCAGCUGUCGGGCUUCACUUUUGUCUGUCUGUCUGUCUGUCUGUCUGCCUGCCUGCUCACCACGAAGGGCAGACUUGGUGAGUGAAUGUGGAGUUUUCUGAUGGUCUUCCUUCUCUCUUGCCUUAGGCAAGACUCAGUCCGUACAAGAAGCGAGCUUCCAUUUCUUUGCAAUAUUGGUCCCCCGCCAGGAGAAAUCUUGGAGCCUCAGGCACAGAAUGCCGCUCCUGCAUUGUCCAGUGAGAAGCGGGAGCACCCGCGCAUGGAAGAGAGUCCUCGCCACAGUGCGCAGGACCCUUUCAAUGAGUUUUAUGCCAUAAAAAGAUGGAGGGUAGUUUUCACCCAAGUUACUCACAAGCUGUGUGCCGCGGAAAUGCUACUUAUUGGAGUUAUUUAUUGCACCGAUAGAUGUGUGGUUUGGCUUUUUUUGUACAACCCAAUCAACAUUCCACGAGAUGCAAUCGCUUUCAUUAGACAUCUAUCCAAUUCAGCCUUCCCUGAGAAUAUCAUCUCGUCACUCUUCUCCAGUUAACAAAAGACCAGAUUCUCCGAAGCACGAACCCGAUACUGUUUGUUUAACUUGUGACCUACGGUUCCAAUCAUUAGGCCAGUGUUGUGCAUUAAAAUUUAAAGUAAAACAUCUCAAAAGGAAAAAAAAUGCAUCAUUUUAAUAAAGUUGCCUUUGGAUCACUC